CCGUUUCGCUUCCUCGCCGUUAUAAAUCCCCCUCGCCUGAUUUUUUAAUCCACAUUCUUUCCGUUCCAUUCCUCUCACUGUCUCUCUCCUAGGGUUUUCUCUCACUCCACUCUCUCCCCAACUCUCUCUCUCUCUCUCUCUACAACCACCGUCACAAUGACUCAGGAGGAUGUUCAGAACGGCAGCGCAGCAGCAAAGACGGUGACGUUCUCGGCGGUGAAGCCGCAGCUGUUCGUCGAAGCGCCCAAGGCCAACGACGCCGUUCUCUUCUACAAGGCCGCUUUCGGAGCUGAGGAGGUGAGCCGUGCGGUUCACCCCAAGAGGAAGGCGGAGCAGGAGAUUCCUCUCGUCCUCGUUGCUGAACUCAAGCUCGGUUCCUCCUCCAUUCUCGUCUCUGACCUCGUUGAUGACUCGGUGAAGACUGUGGGGUCUGGAUUUGCGAUGUGCUUGGAAACUGAGGAUGUCAAAGCUGCUGUGGCGAAGGCUGUUAGCGCUGGCGCUGUCUCUGAGGGGGAACUCGCGGAGGGUGAAGGCGAGGAGCUCGUUGGGAAACUGAAGGAUCCCUACGGGUUCGUGUGGACGGUUUGCUCUCCUACUAAGAAGAGUGUUGACGUGGAUGUCGUGGAGGCUUAGAAGCGGACCGAUCUGAAUCUGAAUCUUACUCUAUCUGAUUUUACUAGUUGGAGUACUAUGUUUCUUGUUUUGUCACUCGGAUGGUUGCUCUAAAUUCUAAUAUCAUAAACAGUAGUAACCAAGUAGUAGUAGUAUUAAAAAACUUAAGUAGUAGACUAGUAGUAGUGAUUAGUAGAUGAAUGUGGCCUUGGGAGUACGAUCUUGUUGCUGGUGAUUCUGAAAAACUAAGUAGUAGUAGUAAAAAAAAAAUGUAAAAGUAGCAGAGGUGAUUAGUAAAAUGUGGCCUUGGGAGAGGAUACGAUCUUGGUGCUGGUGAUUUUGAAUACAGUUGGCAUAUUUUAGUA